AUGAUUAGCAUUCUUGCUCAGGAGCGUCUUCUGGGCGCUGCACUCGGAAGCAUAUUCACCGGAAUCGUUGUCUUUGAGCAACGCAGAUGCAUCUACAACUCCAUUUCUGGCACCAAAUCUAAAUCCGUCACCCAAUCUCAGAUUAGAGAGCCAAUAUUUGGAAGCAAAUCUCGUGCAGAGUUUGCGCAUCUUUGGAACAAAGCUGUGGACCAGACAUUUCGACCUGUGAUUGAGUCUCUUAGUUCAUCUGGAUGGUAG